AUGCCCAUCGUCCAAUUCGCGCCAUUCGCGUCGCUCGUACAGCCGUCCUUUUGGCACGAACUCACUUCCCUCAAAGUAGACAUACUACGUUUAUCGGACGAUGCGAUCCCCGUUACUGCAACAUACACGACUGGCCGAUCAGUCAAAGAUAGAGAAACGGGGCAGGAGAUCGUUCUUGGAUGCAAUGUGACAGUUGGAGCUGAGUCGUUUCGAAAAGAUCACCAGCCAUCAGCAGGUGCUGUCGUUGCCCAAGGGACCGUGAAGAACUUCAAUACGAUCGAGGAGUUCAAGUCGGCUGACAAGUCAUCGCUAUUCAACCACGAAGCUGAUAUCAUCUGGGAAAGCAUACUCCGAAACCAGGAUACGUCGCUGUUAACACGAUUCCUACUCAUAUCCUAUGCCGACCUCAAGAAAUACAAAUACUACUACUGGUUCGCAUUUCCUGCCUUUGCGGCGAAGCCUGCAUGGGAGAUUGACAGUCGCGGCUGGGUGUCUGCGGAGGAGGCAUUCAGUCAGGACGCGUUGAGUGGAAUAUACACGCAACUCAAGCAAUCGCAGAAGCAUGCAUCAUUCUUCUUGAUUAACGAUAAGGACCAAGUCCUAGGAGUUGAUAAAUUCGGGUCAGAGAUGCAAGCAACGAUUGCGUUUAUAGAUCCCUCAGCUGCGGCGAACAACCCGGGAUGGCCUCUCCGCAAUUUACUCGCCUAUCUUCGUGCCCUUUACCCGCAAAAGACAUCGUCUUUACGCGUUAUUUGUUGGAGAGACAAUGUCUCGGAGGGUUCCCCGUCAGCGGGUGCUUGGAAGAGUCGAUUUGGGGUUCUCAGUGCCGGCGCGUCUGUGGAGUCAACGAGUCGCCCGACUGCAGUUGGAUGGGAGAAGAAUAUGCAGGGAAAACUUGCGCCGAGAGUCGCCGACCUCGCGCCCAUGAUGGAUCCAGCAAGACUCGCCGAUCAAGCCGUUGAUCUGAAUCUCAAACUCAUGCGAUGGCGUAUCCUCCCUUCCCUUGACCUGGAGAAAGUCGCAUCAACACGCUGUCUCCUCCUUGGUGCAGGAACUCUUGGAUGCUACGUUGCUCGUACUUUGAUGGGGUGGGGCGUCCGUACAAUCUCGUUCGUCGAUUCUGCACGCGUAUCGUUCUCCAAUCCAGUUCGACAGCCGUUGUUUGAGUUUGAGGAUUGUCUCGAAGGCGGGAAGCCCAAGGCUGCGUGCGCCGCCGCGCGAUUGAAGAAGAUCUUCCCAGGCGUUAAUGCCAAAGGGUAUAACCUAUCUAUUCCGAUGCCGGGUCACCCCGUACCACCCGCCUCCUUAGCCCAGACGAAAGCGGACGUGGAAGCCCUCGAGAAGCUGUUUGAUGAACACGACGCCGUGUUCCUGCUGAUGGACUCUAGAGAGAGCCGGUGGUUACCGACGGUUAUGGGUGCUUCUAAGGGAAAGAUAGUUCUGAAUGCUGCGCUCGGAUUCGAUACGUUCCUUGUUAUGAGGCACGGUGCUCGGGGUAAAGCUUCUACGACAACACCGGCAGAUGGGAAAUUCCCUCUCGGAUGCUACUACUGUAAUGACAUAGUCGCACCUGCAGACUCUCUAACAGAUCGGACCCUGGACCAAAUGUGCACGGUGACGAGGCCUGGGCUGGCUUCUAUUGCUGCAUCUACCGCCGUUGAGCUCCUGGCCUCGCUACUCCAGCAUCCCGACGGCAUCAACGCCCCGGCACCCCCGCCUCAACAAGGCAACGAGCUCGCCGAUCCAAGUCAAAGCGGGAGCGUCCUUGGACUAGUCCCCCAUCAGCUGAGAGGGUUCCUAGCUCAAUUCAGGAACCUGUCUAUUGUCGGUCCUGCGUAUGAUCGAUGCACAGGAUGUAGUGACACGGUCCUCAAUGCGUACGAGAAAGAGGGCUUCGAUAUGAUGCUGAAGGCGUUCAACGAACCCAAGUACUUGGAGACGUUGACAGGGCUUGACAAAUUGUACGAGGAAGGACAGGCGGCAUUAGACAAUGUGGAUUGGGACGUAGAUGAAGGAGGUGAAGGCUCGGGAGACGAUUUCUGA